GGUUGAUUCCGAAUUUUGGCAGUUAUGAAUAAAGCUGCUAUUAAACAUCUCUGCACAUGUUUUCUGUGGACAUAAGUUUUUAACUAUUAAUAAUUUGGGUAAAUACUGAGGCGCACUAUUGCUGGAUCACAUGAUAAAAGUAUGUUUAGUUUUGUAAGAAACUGCCAAACUGUCUUCUAAAGUGUCUGUAGUACUCCAUCAGCUGGUUUUGAUUCCUAAGCCACUUUCAUUUAGAUGAGUCUAAUUUUUCUAGAAAAUACUUCAGAAAUAUACCAAAUAUGAAUAAUACAAGACCCUUUUCUCACUGCGCUUUUAUGUGGGACUUAAACGUGAGGCACAGCCACCUUCCCUCUUCCUUCCAUGGUCUUCCUGCUCUCACUAGAGCAAAACCAUCUCAGCAGAAAAUGUCCUCUUUUCCCUGCUCCCUCUUCCCUUUUGCUUCCCAUUUCUGCCCUUCCCCCACCAAAGUUCAAGGGGUAACUAGGGAAAUGGGCAAGAGCAGAGUUGGUAGGGAGAUCCCACUCCCAUUUUCCCACAGAAGAGCUAUAUUGCAUCUUCUCUGGGAUUUUUGUUUUCCUUUAAAAUGCUUUAAAUUGGCACUGCUAAAAGGUACACAAUGCUCUCUUCCCCGAAACCCUGGGGACUGCAUGCCUCAUUCCUCACUGGUUUGUCUCCAGAGUGAGCAAAUGAGAUUCUGCCCAUACGACUAAGUGCAUUUGGGGCGUUCGCUGAGCAGCUCUGCUACACGUGGCCAUAAGAACACACAUUGGCCUGAGGAGAUAAGACAGGGGCCCUAAAAUCGAGCAGUGGACCAAGACAAAGUUAAAUGCAUCACCCCUGUGUGUUUCCUCCCUCUUGGGUCCCCCCCCCCCAGUCUCUUUGGAACCCACAGCUAUAAAACACCGGGAGUGAGUUUUGUUUGUGACUUGUCAGCCUUGUUACUUUAUAAAUAGGCUUCAUGUUGUGCAACCUGAACACUCUGGGUUAAUAUAAGAGACAGACAGGCAUGGACAGAUGAACAGAAGGACAGAGAGAAGCACUGAUAGGGGAAAGGAGCAUUCCAGGUAAAUAAGGGCAGAUCGGAUCGUGGAGGUCCCGCUACAGCCUUUCGCAAGGCUCUAAUGAGUGGCCUGGUCAGCUCAUGUGGCUGCCAGUUUGCUCCAUUUCCCCUGAGUUUGGGUACUUCUGCCUAUCCACAGUUGGAGUCUCGAUGACCUGCAGCUGAAGGGACUCUCCCUGUUGCAGUCCAGAAUUUUCCAACAGGGUGCACUAUUAGCAUGUUAAGCAGGACAAAGUCCUAUGUAUUACAGAAAUUUAGCAUCCCUGGCCCCGCCCAUUAAAUACCAGCAGUGCCACCCUAGUUGUUGUGAUAAUCAAAAAACAAUCUCCACAAGUUCUCAGUUCCCCCCAGGGAGUACUAUAAGCAGUGACAGCCCCAUGGGCAGUGGGGUGGUCUGGUUGGGGUCUCCCAGUGAAAGGACAUAAAUCUGAGCCCCACCCCCACACCUGCCCUGGGCUCCUCAGCAGCUGGAGCCUGCACUUGUCACCCAGGCCUUUCUCACCUACUCUUUCCUCUUCUCCUUCCUCCCGCCUCUUGCUUCUGAGGCCCAGGAGGAGAACUAGAGAUCUUGCCAGUCCCCAGCGUGAUGUGGGCUGAGAAAUGUGAGGCUAUAAGAACUUCAGGGUGUUUUCCCCUUAACUCUUGAAAAUCUGCCAUUCUGGGGAUUUCUUUCCUCCUCGGUCUGACCUUGCUUCUUAAUCAGCUGCCCGUAUCUAGUCAAAUGAGAGUUCCCAGGGGCAUUUACCAGCCCCAGUGGUGGAUGGUGGUGACUGGCAUCGGUGCGCCCCUUCCCCAGGCUCUGCCCCAGGCUGAUGCUGCAUCCAUCUGGGAUCCGGCCAAGUCACACUGGCAUUUAUGUUGGCUCAAAGCCCAAGCUUCUCAGUGCCUCCUGCAGGGUGGUUCCAGGGUGCCCUGAGUGCCGUGGAGCAGGGGGAAGAAUGAGUCUGUCAUCACCAAGCUAUUCACAUGCAGGAAAUAGGACACAGUUCAAUAGUUGCUUAUUUUUACCUCCUCCCUGCUCAUACCCUACUUCUAACCCACUCGAGUAAGUGAUGUCUACACAUGGCCUUGAUCGAGCUGAGAGGAUGGGCCUGGCUUGACUGGGGAUGCCAAGAGGCUAACUCUGCUGGCCUGGGGUCCACAUGAGCAAGCCACUGCUGACCUGCACCCAGAGGAUGGCAAUUCUUGGGCCCCCACAGGCCAUGGCAGCUGAGAUGGGGCCAGUGGGCCUUCAUGGUUGGGGAGGGGCUUGCAACAUCCCCACGGAUUCUUCCAGAGUUGGCGUUUGGUUCCUGUACUUCCUGGCAGCCAAAUGCCGUCUGCUGAGCUGGUUCCCAGUGCCAAGGGCCCAGAGCACCUCAGGUUGGCACGGUUUCUCCGCAACCUCAGAGCUCGGCCCUAGUAGAGCCUGUUGGUGAUUCAGCAGCUGGGGAACUCCAGCCAGCACGAGAGGGCUCAGUGAUACUCACCCUGUUUUCUUGCAAUUCCAGGAACUUGGAUGGGGGCCCUGGGAGCAGGCCCAGGGGAAGAGGAAGUUUGACUCAGUACCCAGCCCCUGGUCCAGGUCUCUGAUAAGGCUUUUACUCUGUGGGAAAGACAACUGCUUCCUCCUAGCAAGAUAGGGUGUGGCAGAGAUCUGCGCAGAUGGGAGCGAGCACCAGGCCUUCCUCACUCCUCACAGAUGCUCGGUAUCGUGUUGGCCAUGUGCCAAGCCCUGGAGAACAGCACGUCCUCCCAGAGCGCAGACCCGCCCAUGGCCGCAGCAGUGGUGUCUCACUUUAACGACUGCCCAGAUUCCCACACUCAGUUCUGCUUCCAUGGAACCUGCAGGUUUCUGGUGCAGGAGGACAAGCCAGCAUGUGUCUGCCAUUCUGGGUACGUGGGUGCACGCUGUGAGCACGCAGACCUCCUGGCCGUGGUGGCUGCCAGCCAGAAGAAGCAGGCCAUCACCGCCUUGGUGGUGGUCUCCAUCGUGGCCCUGGCUGUCCUCAUCAUUGCAUGUGUGCUGAUACACUGCUGCCAGGUGCGGAAACACUGUGAGUGGUGCCGGGCCCUUGUCUGCCGGCACGAGAAGCCCAGCGCCCUCCUGAAGGGAAGGACCACUUGCUGCCACUCAGAAACAGUGGUCUGAAGAGCCCAGAGGAGGAGUUUGGCCGGGGGACUGUGGCAGCCCAAUGAAGAAAGGCCUUCUAGAGGACAGGACCGCCAGAGGUACCUGGACAAGCUGGCAGACCUUCCCUACUCUGCCUGUGACCACCCACCCGCGCAACAUUUCUGUCUUCUCUGGGCCUUUAAAACUCUGUCAAGAACUCUGUCUGCUUGGGGCUAUUCAGUGUGACCUCAAGGAGCAAUCAGUGGGCCACAACUUAAAGACUGGUCAAAAAAGAACUGCAAAGAGGUGGCCUCCUGUUUACCUAGAUAAGGUGUGUGCGUCGGUCGGUGUCUGAGUCCAGGUGUAUGCAGUUGUCUUCUGCCAGUCACAGAUUCCAGGCUGUAUUUCUUUCUCAUGGGACACCUCCCUGCAACAGAAUCCUGCCCAGUGUGGGAGAUCUCUGUAGUUGUUACCAUUUUCUCUCAUCUGCUUUUCGAGAAAGAAAGCAGAGAAGGGGAAGCUGCUUAUUGUUACAUGAAGACACCAACUUCAAGAGGAGCCAUGUCCUCUGGCCACAAGACCCUCAACCAGCCCAACAUCUUCCAUGGACACAUGAUGUUGAAGACCGUCCCAUGCUGUUGCCACCCUCAAAGAUAAUUUCUUAUUUAUUAGAUGGAGAAUGGUUUUAUUUUUAAUCCCUUAAGUCAGACGUCUACAUUAAUGAUGUACGUACUGCUAUACUGAUUACAAAUGUCUGGCCUCUUUGGCACGGAUCAGGCUUUGGAAAAAUCUUCCAGGGGGCUGUGGAGAUGGAACCAAAGGAUGAAUGACUGAUAGGAGCAAAGAUGGGGGUUCAGAGGUCAUGCCAUUUAAGACACAAAGCCGGUCAAUGUCCUGAUAUGUUCUGGUAGAAAAGUUAGCAAAUCCAGUAGGGAGAUCUGUCCCUUCUGUUGGGGAAGAGAAGAAGAGAGUGGCUGUGUGUGUGUGUGCACAGUACAAACACAAUACUUGCUAUACUGCUCGGUGAUUGAAUGGAUUCACUUCCUUGUGAGCCCUCUAAGAGGAUGUUAGAAAUAGUCUACAGCCAUACCACCCUGAACGCGCCUGAUCUCGGAAGCUAAGCAGGGUCUGACCUGGUUAGUAAUUGGAUGGGAGAAAUAGAGCCUUAGCAAGGAGCCAUGGGCAUUUCAGGCCAAGUUCAUUAAAGACAGACCAGUCAGUCAUUUAUUUUCCAUUUUGUUGCUUGGUUGGCUUGUUGCUUUAUUUUUAAAAGGAGAAAUUUAACUUUCCUAUUUAUUUUCAAGCAUUAAGAGACAUAUUCCAGUGAUUUUUUUUUUCUUUUCCAUUCAGGUUGCUAGUUUUAUUAACAAAACCUCUAACAAGCCACCUCCACCAUGUGGGUCUCGCUUUUCCCUCAAGAGAAGGAGAAAUUGUUCUCCUGAGCAUCCGGGUAUGUUCUGACCCAUUGGGCCUGCUUGUGGGAGGCUAUGGAUCGUGUCAAAUAAGAUGGGUAGCACAUCCCUAGGGUUGUUCCUUAAAACUUGGAGACAGAAUAACAACAACGAAAUGACUAUAAACUCCUUGUGUGAGGAAACUCCUUAUCUACUAAUACUUGAAAAGUGAAAGAUUUCCACCCAUUAACCCUUCAGUGCAUCUAGCUAAUCACAACGCAGAAGGGGCAUUUCAGAUACAUCAGACUGGCUUGAAAUUUCUGUCAGAAAAUUUUGUCUUCUGCCUAAUCUUCUCUGGUCUGGAAGAACCAUUUCUGUGCACUUUCUCUUUAUCUCUUAUAAUUGAGACAGUUCUAUGGCCCCUGUCUUCACUCUGGCACUCUGAUUUACUGCUGCCACACCUGAAGCACUGCAUGCGGAAAUCAGAUCUGUUCAGAGCUGGCCCCGAGCAAUGUGUUUACACAGCUCUAGGGUUUUUUAAUUAUUAAACAAAAUAGGUGUAAGUUUCCAUUCUUUGAGCCGGUCCUACAGCAGCAGAUAUGUGGGCUAAGGCUUGACUAUAGCAUCCUGCUCAGAGACCAAUUAGUUGACACUGGUUUUUAGACCCCAUCAGCAACUGGCUUUUAAGAGAUUUUGCAGAGACGCUAGAAGAAUGAGGAUAGACAGACGGUGGAAGCGGAGGUUCCCUGCAAGAACUUUAGAUUUCGUGUCUGCAAAUGUUCUGGUUCUCAGGUCCAGCAACUCACAGCUGCCGGUGCCCCCUUCCCUGUGCCUGUAUACCCGGGCAGGGAACGGGCUCAAGCACGUGCCUCCCUAGAAGUGCCUUCGGGUCAGUCCUUUGUAAACCAGCAGGUCUGAAAAGGGUUGAAAGCACAGGUGGGUCCAGGCAGGCCUGGCUGGACCGUUGUCUACACUCCAGGAUAGGAGAGCCUCACUUCUCUGCUGCUUUCUCCUUUAGAAAUCAAAUGACUGGCAAACGUUGGCUUCCUCUGCCCCUACAUGGCAGUGCUCAUUCUUUGGCUAGCUGAAAAAAUGCUCCCUUUUCAGGUGACAAAUGCACCUUCUGAUCCACCUCUACAUCUUCCCUGUUUUUCCUUGCCCUUUUUAAAGCUGUUUUCAUUACAAUUAGAGAAUCUUCCUAGAGA